AUGGAAGUACUUAAAGUGUGUGCCGUAUUUUUAUUUAUUAUCCUUAGUUUACAUGAAGGCUUAAGCAGAAAACAUCAUCUUAAUGCAGAUGACAGAUUCGCAGCAAGUUACUGCAGAAAGAUCAAGUUAUGUAUUCGUGGUGGUGACGUUGUUUGUGCAUUUGACAAGAGACGAGAAAUCACCGCAAUGUUUCCUGACAAAUGCAUUUACUACGCCGUGAACUGCUUCAAGCAAGGAAGAUACAAGAAAUUAGAUGUAAAUGCUUGUAGACCUAAUAUUACGUACAGUGCUGAAAGACUGACACAAGUAAAUGGGGAUCCUUUAUUGAUGUUUAUGACGUAUCUUCCUUCAAAACUAACGAAGAUGGCAAAUGGGGAGAAACCAGAUUUUUCCCUUAUACAGCCUACGAAACCUAUGGAGGCCAAUAGCCGUCAAAGGAAUAAUGUUUCAGAGUAUCAACCACAGUUUGGAAACUCAUAG